AUGCCAACGGUACAGGAGGAGCCUUUAAAGGGCGCUGCCCUGUACAAUGCCCUUCUAGAGAAGUUUCGGGCAGUUCCUGAUCAGCAGGGAAAGCUGGACUGCGAGAAGCUGGCAGAUGCGGCCCUGCAGCUAUCUACAGUGUAUGAACUCGUCUUUGGUGGAGGCUUUAUAUCUAGGCAUCUCAAGCAAGACAUCAUCAAUUCUUCAGGUCACAUGCGGGCAGCAGCUAUUGCGCUGCGGAACUCGCGUGGGGGUGGUACUGUUUCCGCUUGCGAGUUGAUCGCUUGGGAAGUUCAGGAAAUGGGUAUCCCUAGGAUGCGAAAGGAUCGGCAAAGCGGAGUUCGAGGCAUGUUAUGGAUGAAACGGGCCCUGGACUUUAUCUUCACAUUGAUCUGCAAUAUGUUUGGUACGAUGAAGGAUGCAACUUCCAAAGAAUGCGCCCUAGACGCUUAUGACAGAGUCUUGAAACCCUACCACAGUUUCCUGGUUUCACAUAUCGUCUCGCUCGCCUUUAGCCUCGCUCCUUCCAAAGAGGACUUUAUCACUCGACUUGGGUUCGAAAUGCACGAGGCAGAGGCAUGCAUCUCUAGCAUCGACGAGGAAAUUCGGCCUGUAAUUACCUCUUUGGGAAAUUUGCUUGAAGACUCGCAGUGCAACUUUCCCGACAAAGCCUAG